AUGUACGAGAACGCCCGGUACGCUUUCACCGAGACCUGCCUAGCCCUGACUGUUUUCAGGGGCGACCUCACGGCCGUCACCAUCGCGCUGUUCGUCGAGCUGCUCUUGAUCAAGGCCUUCCACUGGCUCUCGCGGGCGCGUGUGGAGCACUUCGAGCAAGCGGGGCAGCAGAGCCUGACCUCUAUGGCACGCCUCUGCAGCCUGGUGUUCAUCACCCUGGUCGUGGACGGGCUAAUGGUGACGUACUGCCUCGAGAACAUCCCCGUGGACGAAGCCAGCUCCCUCGUCCUGUUCGCGUUUGAGUACGCCAUCCUGUCUAUCGCAGCCUUCUCCACCGCUGUGCGCCUGCUCCUGCACGUCGUGGACAACCGGAUGGAGGGGGCCUGGCACGCGAAGGCAACCUGGGUGAUGCUACUAGAGUUUUUCUCUGAGGUGUUCAAGUUUUCCUUCUAUGUGAUAUUCUUCGGUGUGAUGUUCUCCCUGUACGGGGUGCCCCCUCUUAACCUCAUCCGUGACGUGUACAUGUCCUUCGACCAGCUUCAGCGGCGCCUUCAGGCCUUCUACAGGUGCCUCCGCAUGUGGCUCCAGCAGCAGCAGGCGUGCCCCACCUGCAGGGCCAACAUUCCCACCCACGGCACCGCCGCCACCGCCGCCGCCGCCACAGAACGCGCCGCCGCCGCUGCCCAGCAAGGUGCAGCCGCCGCCGGCGUAGCCGGCGUGGCAGCACCAGGCGCAGGCGCAGGCGCAGCAGCACCCGCCGCCCCCGCCGCCGCCGCCGCCGCUGCCGCCGCAGCAGCAGCAGCAGCAGCAGUGCCAGUGGGAGCGGUAGCGGCGCCAGGCGUGGAGCAAGGGGGUGCGCAGGCCCCAAGAGCGGCGGCGCUAGGGGCCACGGUGGGCGGUGGUGACGGGGGCAGGGGUGCCCUGUUCGAGAUGCCGCGAGUGGCGGACGGAGUAGGGGCGGCGUCGGGCGGGAGCGGCGGUGAUGGCGGUGUUCAGGCCGGGUUUGGAGCGUUCGGGGGAGGCGGGGACGUAGCAGCGCCAGCCCCGGGGCUUGCGGGGCUUGUUGGAGGAGGCGCGGGCGAGGGCGGGGAAGGAGGGGGCGCGCGGGAGGUGCUUAAGGCGGUUUUCGUGGUUUCUCCCACGGGAGCGAGGGUUCGCCAGGGCCUCAAGCAGGGCACAGCCACCGUGCGCACGGAACCAGCGAAGUCGGUGCUUCUCCUCCUGGCACCCCCGUGUUCAUGCGGGAGCCUCUUGGUGAACGGGGGCUGGGUCGGUGGUCCGGGCAGCGAGGGUGAAGUACGGCUGGUCGAGAUCGGUCAGUCGGCGCUAGGUGGGAGCGGAGGUGUUACUCCGACGCCCGUGGACGAGAUGUUGGAUGGCCCAGAGGCGGUCGGGGGCGGCAGGGAGGACGGCUUGAGACGACGGCACAGGGGUGUCUUGGCCGGAGCGGAUAGUUGAAGGAUGGAGGGGUGGCUCCACUCUCUGCCUGCGUGAGAGGUCCUGCUGGGCAGGGGCGAUCAGGACCCCUUUGGACGAGGACCGUUUUUUUCGGCAGAGACUCUGGUUCCCGUGGCUCCAAUUUGCACCCCGCACCCCCCCCCCCCCCCCCCC